CAUUUCAAUGCUAUUCGUACUCCUAUUUUUUUUUUAUUAAUAAUUGCAUGCAAUUAUAAAACAAAAAUUUGCAUCAACAGGUAUUUGACAUAACUAGUAAGUGUACAAAAACAUCUUGGUAAUCAUUAAACAUUUAUAUAGAUGAAGUUAUUUAGUUCAUUUUGUAUUUAAUUCUGAUAAUAUUGAAUUAAAAAUGGAAAAAACUGAAACGCCUAUACAGAAGUUUUAUAAAAAUGCAAACGUUUUUAUAACUGGUGGAACAGGGUUUCUCGGAAAAAUUUUAAUCGAAAAACUACUUAGAUCUACAGAAGUGAAUACACUUUAUAUUCUAAUUAGAAAGAAAAGAGAUGAAGAUAUCAAGAGUAGAUGCGAGAAAAUAUUUGACAAUGAGAUUUUUAACAAAUUAAAACAACACAAUGCAAGUUUUAAACAAAAGAUUCAACCCGUCGAAGGCGAUUGUGCACAUCCUGGAUUAGGCCUCAGUACUACCGAUAGAAAUGAAUUAAUUGACAAAACAAACAUUGUAUUCCACAUCGCUGCUAGUGUUAAACUAGAAGCCCAUUUAAAAUUUUCAUUUACCAUCAACGUUAAUGGAACCAAAGAUGUCUUAGAUUUGGCUAGAGAUAUUAAACAUUUAAAAUCAGUGGUACAUGUUUCUACAGCUUACAGUAACUGCCCAAAUGACGUAAUCGAAGAGAAAAUAUAUGAUUUUCCUAUGUCUUACCAAGAUAUUGCAUCCAUAAUUGAAAAAUACAGCGAUACCGAAAUAACCACAAUGACUCCAGGAAUCAUCGGAAAAUGGCCAAAUACUUAUACUUUCACAAAAGCUUUGGCAGAAUCUUUAAUAAAAGAACAUGGAACUGGUUUACCAGUAGGAAUAUAUAGACCAUCAAUUGUGAUAUCAACAUACAAGGAACCAAUAGAAGGUUGGACAGAGAAUUUUUAUGGACCAACAGGAGUAUAUGCAAUGAUGAUGGCAGGAUUAUUGAGAAUUGUGGUAGCCGAUUUGAAAAAAGAUUCUUAUUGCAUACCAGUAGACACUUGUGUGGCUGGUCUUAUUGGUACAGCUUGGGAUUGCUCUAUAAAAUUUGAAAAGUUACCUUUAGAUCUUUUACAUAACCUCAGUAUUUUACGAAAAAAAGAAGAAGAUAAAAAUGAUAACUCAUCUUCAGAGAAAUUCUUCUUAACACCUUUCCUCAAACAGGUACCUUCAAUGGCCGCCCUACCAAUGGCCGUAGGUUCAGCCUUCGGUGGAAUUUUCAUAGAAAAAAUGGGCAGAAAAACUGCUCACUCCAUUUCAUGUAUACCAACAUUUAUUGGGUGGCUCCUCAUUUGCUUGGCUACUGGAACAAGAAUGAUUCUUAUCGGUAGAUUCAUAUCAGGAUUUUUCACUGGUUUUCUAGCAACUGCUACAGGUGUUUACAUUGGUGAAAUAUCCGAUCCACUAUACAGGGGAUUCUUUUUAGCUGGGAUUUCCACAUCAAUUUCAUUAGGUCUAUUCCUAUCCCAUCUACUAGGAACAUUCCUAUCUUGGCAAACAACAGCUCUAAUAUGCUCAAUACUACCUCUAUUCAGUCAAAUAAUCAUUUUCUUCGUACCAGAAUCACCAUCUUGGCUAGCAGGACGAGGCAAAACUGAAGAAGCAGAAAAAUCGUUCUAUUGGUGCCGGGGAAUCACAGAAGACUCCAAAAAAGAAUUUUCGAUAAUGUUAGAAAGACAGAAUCAAAAUCAACAUUCCAAAAUGGAUAAAAAUAGUUUAAAAGAACGAUUACAGGAGUUGAUGGUUCCGGAAUUUCUAAAACCGUUAGGGAUAAUAACGUUCUAUAUUGUAGCUAAUCAGUGGGCAGGAAUAAAUGCUAUAACGUUCUAUUCCGUUAGUGUAAUGAAAGAAACCAUUGGAAGUGGAUUGAAUGAAUAUGUAGCUAUGUUAAUAAUAGAUUCUUUAAGACUCUUCAUGUCUAUAAUAGCUUGUAUUAUGUUAAGAAGGUUCGGUAGAAGACCUCUAGCUUUAAUAAGCGGUAUUGGCACAUUUAUAUCAUUAUUUUCUCUAACUUUAUAUACAUUUCUUAUCAAAUUAUACCCUCAAGGUACUUCUGUAUACAUACCAAUGACUUGUCUGAUGUGGGGAAAUACUCUCUGGGCUAAUCUCAACCCUAAUGCUCUCGUUGAGGGUAUAGACAACUUCGUCAAAAAUUUCAGAAAACUCCCAAAAGAAAUUAAAGCUCUGAGUGUUGGCGUGACUCUGGAGAACACGCUCAAGCAGUUUCGAAACGCCGUUCCUCUUAUGGUGGCCCUGAAAAACGAGGCGCUAAGAGAGAGACAUUGGAAAAUUCUUAUGGACAAAACCGGAAUCAAAUUUAACAUGUCCCCGGACAAGUUAGUAUAG